AUGUUUCCACUCUAUUUUCAUUACGAAGAUGUAUUACGUCAGGAUCUCUUGCUCAAACUGAAUCACGCCAACGUUAUGGAAGUGGAAGGAUUGUGUGAAAUAAGAGUAGUACCAAAGGCACCUUAUGAUUUCAUAAUCAAAAAUGGAAAAUUGGCUAUGGAGAUUCCGUGCGGUCAGAAAUUCAUACAGACACAAAGGGGUUCGACAGGAAAGUCGUUUCGAUCCAGGUCAAAUAAAGACAAAAAAGGAUAUGUCAGUGACCUAGCACGACAAAGCACUCUCCGAGGGCAUGGAAUGUCUAAUUUUUUGGUCAGAAUCUUGACAGUAAUGUCUCUCUUAGAUUCUCCGGUCGAAAUACGGGAAAACUCCAUUCAAUUCUCGAUGGAAACGGAGUUUUGCGAAUUCUCCCCAGAACUGGAAGAUCAUUUCGAGAUCCUCGAACAUAUUCGAGGGUUCAAUGUGACUAUUGUCACUUCGGCCAACACACAAGAUGAGACUUUACUACUGUGGAGCGGCUUUUUGCAAAAAGAUAAGGGGGAAACCUUCCUCUAG